AUGGGACAAGGUCAAAGUAUCCCCGGUCACGACUGCCUACUCGCAGCAGUCGGUUACAACUCGAAUCUCGUGGCUUUCCAAGGCGACGCCUUCUUUCACUUCCGGGCGCCACCGGUUUACAACCUAGACCAUCCAGUGACUCCAAUUGCGGUCACUUUUCCAGAGAACUCGGAGCAGAUCGCCAGCAUCGUUCAAUGUGCCGCAAACAAUGGUUACAAAGUCCAGCCGCGUAGUGGCGGUCAUAGCUACGGCAACUACGGUCUGGGAGGAAUUGAUGGCGAAGUGGUCGUCGACUUGAAGAAUCUUCAGGAUUUCUCAAUUGAUCCCAUUACGCAGAUCGCCACCGUAGGUUCGGGGACCUUGCUUGGAGAUCUUCACUCGCGACUUUACAACGCCGGUCACAGAGCUGUGGCACACGGCGCAUGUCUCAAUGUUGGCACGGGUGGCCACUUUACGAUUGGCGGGCUUGGUACAAUGUCACGACAAUGGGGGAUGGCUCUCGACCAUAUCAGAGAAGCUGAAGUGGUGCUUGCAAAUGGAACCAUCAUCAAUGCAGCACCCUCCCAGAAUGCAGAUGUUCUGUUCGCCAUUAAGGGUGCCGCUGCGAGUUUUGGUAUCGUCACCAAAUUCAAGCUUCAGACUCAUCCAGCACCCACACAAGCCGUGCAGUAUUCAUACACCCUCAACACAGGGACCACCGCAGAGAGAGCUCAGCUUUUCAAGGACUGGCAGCGGUUCAUCUUUACCAAGAACCUUACCCGCCGAGUCUCGAGUGAGCUCGUUGUGUUCGAGUCCGGGAUCCUGCUUUCGGGAACGUUCUUUGGGUCACGCGAUGAGUGGAAGACCUUGGAAAGAGAGAUGAACUUCCCGGCUGCGGAUAAAGGAAGCAUCAUUGUGCUGACGGAUUGGCUGGGUAUGAUUGCGAGUCAAGCCGAAGACCUCAUCUUUCAGGUUGUCGGGGGUAUCCCCUGUGCGUUCUAUGCAAAGUCCAUGUCUUUCACGGAUACAAUCCCGGACGGAAACAUAGAUUCCCUCUUUAAGUACCUCGACUCGACCACCAAGGGUACACCGGCCUGGUUCAUCAUCUUCGAUCUGGAAGCAGGUGCCACUAACGACGUGCCCAUGAAUGCCACGGCUUACGCGCAUCGCGAGACAAUCAUGUGGAUGCAGUCCUACGCGGUCAGCCUCCUGGGGCCCGUCUCACAGACCACUAAGGGAUUUCUGAAUGAGAUCAGCAAUGUGGUCUCUGCCUCUCGUCCAGGUGCCUUCUACGGCGCGUAUCCCGGCUAUGUCGAUCCCUUGCUCGAAAAUGCCCAGCAAGCCUAUUGGGGGUCGAAUCUUCCGAGAUUGCAGAACAUCAAGGUUCAGAUUGACCCGAAUGAUAUUUUCCACAAUCCACAAAGCGUUCAGAUCCUCCCAGAUCAUCUUUGA